AUGUAUUAUCUAAAUCUAUUCGCUCUUGUAGAUUGUGUUCUGUGCUACAAUUGUUCUGGCGUUGCUGACCCAGCAUCAUGUCAAACCACAAUUGUCUGUGGGAGCAAUCAGAGUUGCUAUCAACAACGUGGGCCUUCGGGGACCAUCGACCUUGGAUGUUCUGACAAACAGCAUUGCCUCCAUCCAGAAUCAACACAAAACCAAGGACCUGUGAGCAUCGUUGGUAGAGAUGUGCCUAAAAGACGUCACGUGACAACGAGAAAAACCGGAAGUUGCUUUGAAUGUUGCUCGACAGACAACUGCAAUGAGCAACUGUGCUCUUCUACACACCUUUCAGCUUGUGUAGACGAUGAAACGGUGGAUUGUGCGAGGAUGAGCACAUUGUUUCACAUUUGCACAUCCGACUACGAACACGCCGCCCAAAUAUGCCCUCAAUUUUGCGGCCUAUGUGACUAUGCUGACGGACAAUGGUCAGUGUGGUCGAGUUGGUCAACCUGUGACGUAACAUGUGGCAGCACGACCUUGACCAGAACAAGGACUUGCACUAAUCCUCCUCCUACAAAUCACGGCAAAAACUGCAUCGGGGAGUCUGUUGAGCAUAAGGCAUGCGCUCUUGGUCAAUGCCCAGUCGAUGGAGGAUGGAGUGAGUGGACAUCAUGGGACACGUGCUCCGUCAGUUGUGGCGUAGGAAUACAACACAGGGAGAGGUCAUGUGACAAUCCAACUCCUUCCCUAUUUGGACAGCACUGUUUCGGAUACAAUCGAGAUGACAAAAUAUGCCUUGGCCCAACCUGUCAACAUGGGAUUUGGUCACACUGGGAACCUUGGACACAGUGCUCUACCACAUGUGGAAAUGGCAUCAAACAUCGUUUUCGAAAUUGUGCUUACGCUGCUUCGUGUGGUGGACCGGCCUUCGACUCAGACAUUUGCAUCGUUAAAGACUGUAUUCAAGUGAAAUUAGCUGGCAACAUCGUUAUGGUGUCCAUCAACGGUGGUCUCUGAUGCACAAUAUGUGACGACCUCUUUGAUCAAAAUAACAAUGGUGCAAAAGUUGUAUGUGGAAUGCUGGGCCACAACAGAAACACUGCGGUAUAUGUAGACCCAGGUGAUCAGAAUUUACUCAACCCGAUGCUUCUGGACGACAUCCGUUGCAAUGGAACAGAAAGCUCUAUCAUGGACUGCUCAUAUAUAAAACAAGCCGCUCGAUGUAGUUCCAGCGAAAUUGCCGGAGUUAUUUGCUAUGUAGAUAACUUAACCAGUUGAUCGGAAUGGAUCAAUCCAAGUGUUGUCACACUGUUGAAGUGACGCAAUAAUUUCCCUACAUGUACUAUCAAUAUAUAGUUUGUCAAAAGCUUCAUGUUUGAAUAAAACAUGUAGUCUUGUAUUCGUAGCCUACAAUGCUAGUGAUUUAACUUAUUGUCCAAUCAAAAUAUACUAUAACAUGAACCAACUAAUUUUGAAAUCGGUAUCAGUGAGGUGUCAAUGAAGUAACUCGUUUGCAAACUUAUUGGCGUCUAACAUAUUUUUACGCAAUAGAACUAUCAAAACAGCAUGAAACGUGUUGGGAAAAGUGUUUAAUAGUGAUGGUAUUGAACUCCAAUUGCUUCACAGCCGGUGUACCCUUUAAAAUGUUUAUGCGUUAUAUAUCCUUAACUCAGAAUUGAUGCCCCUGUGCCUGUGAAAUUCACAUCAUCGAAGAAAACUGGCAGUCUAUUGGCACGGUCGUCAUACGGGCGAACAAAAGAAGCGUUAUUCCUUUACGAAUGAUUUAAUACGAACAUGACUCUCCUAUAGGUCGUUUAUAUCCUGCCAACAAUAUGUUAAAUGCGCCAGCGUCGAAAACGUAAACAACACGUAGUAAUAGUAUUAAAGCAACCUUUACUGCUGGCGUUUGCCUGUCAUUAAAUAAGUUCUAACUGGUCAGUUUAAACAUCAUAAUAUACACAUAUUUACAUAAAUUGUUCAAGCGAGAA